CCGCCAACAGCCAGUUCUAGAGUUUGUUUUCCUCAAUGACAAUGUGGACUGUUGAAGGCUGUGUAACUGUUAGAGCUAAUACAUGUGUGUGAUCGUUACCUACAUGACUUGCUAGUAGUAUCUUUGUUUACUGCCAGUCCAGUCACGGAUGUGGUAUUGCGACCACCGACUCGGUGGACGUUGAUCGAUACUGACUAGUUCCACUCCUUACAGAGUGCUGUUGAAGUAGAGACAGACAGAGCGAGAGACGGAGAGUUGAGACGCUAGCAUUCAACUGUUUGUUGCUAGUGGUCGUGGGGUGAUACCAGCCCGCUGGCUGCUCGAAAACGUCUCGUCCCAAACUCGUUUCAGAGUUCGUCUGGACAUCAAUGAUCCUGGAUAACAGAAAGAAGCUGGUUAAUUAACAGGUGAUUCUGCACGAUGGCAGAAAACCCUUUUGAUAAUAAAGUGUUUCUGUCGGAUAUCCUGCCAUGGUUCGCCAAGCUACCGCCUGCUGAAUUGAGAACGAAAGUUGUGCAGAAAGGUUUGAUCAGGUCCCUAGCCUCAAUCGAUCGACUGAAGCGUUCUCUGGAUCGAGAUGGCCCAAGUCACCACAACGAAGACAUAAUUGGAUUAAUUAGUGCUAGAGAACUGGAAGGGUAUCUGGCCCUGUGUGACAUCAUACACGAUAUGGGCUACAAGGAACGAAGCGUUCAAAUGAGGAAGCUCGUGCUGGAAGAUGGACGACAGGAGAUCGACGCAUCUUUAGGUGGCUCACCUCACAAGCAGAUGUAUCUUGAGAGAAGCAUACUUCCACCAGGUGCUGCUGAAGAGAUCCAUUAUCAUGCGCCAUGCUGUCGACACACCAAUCAAUUAGAGACCGAGCUUCAGCGUGUGGCCGACAAUGCAGCUACCCUAGGAUUUUUGACACCACCGAGCCCGAGCCUCAGCAGUAGUGAAGGAGAACCAGAGCCAGGGUUAACUGAAGAAGAGCUGGAACGGAGAUCCGUGGUUCUAUUGCAGGAUGAGCUUGCAAAGGCCACCGUGACUGUGUACAUUGCGGCGGCUCUGGCAAAGAAGCUGCAUGCAUUUGACGGCAUGAUCCGCAACAUCCUUCUUACCAGUGUCAAGCGGGCCGGCUUCACGAGCAACGAUGUGCAUGUGGAAACUGUUGACAACUUCAGUGAGCAACCUCUCGUAACCGUCAAACGAAAGGAUGUCGCUAUGGUCCAGACUAGUGUGCGUGUGGUGGUGAUUGCGGAUUUAUGCGAGCACUCCAAGCAUGUCAUCCGAAAUAAGUUGAUUGACAGCCUGUCCAGGCUGGCUGGCUAUCCGGGAAAGGUGGACGUGGCGAUCAUCGAACGCUACAACAGCACAGAGAUGUAUCUACUGUUGCCCGUGUAUGGUGCAAUCAUGCUGAGUUAUAUCGCCAUCAACACUCCUGGCAUACUAAGUGGUCUAGGGCUUCUGGAACUGAACAUUGUCGGCAGUUUCAAUAUCUUCAACUUGCGACUGGAACACAUUGAUAGGCAGAGGAGAAGCGCACAUGCAGCACUGGAGACCAUUCUCACACCAUCAGAAGCAUGCUUACUGGGGAGGCGGGCAAGUACUCUUCAACAUGACCUGAACAGUGUCACACAGUCACAUUCCACUGAUGUGCACUACCUGCACCGUGUCGCUAAGCUGGCAAAUCAAGAAAUGCAAGCCAAAGGAUUGAAUCGCCAUAGUUCAGUGACUGAAUCUCCACUGGAAGAAUCUCUGGGUGCUUCUGCAGGCCUCGUUACCACUAUACUCGACACUAUGAGGAGUGUGUCAACUGCCGUACGGGAUCUCUCCACAUCUCAUCAGCAACUAGGCACCAGGUUGGAUAAUCUCUCUGCACAGGUUGAAGUCACCAACAACCGCAUGACUCAGGUCCAGCAGGAGGUCUCUGCUGAAGCUCGCACAACCAACGACAAGAUGGAUGAAAUACAACUGGAAGCCCGGACUACCUAUGAACAAGUGGCACAGCUGAGCGACACAAUGACGAGAGGUGAGCAAAAUACAACUGCAGCAUGUGAACGCAUAGUGGAAAUGCAAAACCAAACCAACACAACUGUCCGUCAACUACAGGAGCAAAGUGCUACAACCUCCACAAGCAUUGGACAACUACUGGAGCAAAGUGCUAGAAGUACCACCACUAUUGAUCAACUGCAACAGCACCAGCAGGACCCUAGUGAUAAGCUUUCACGUGUCUCAGCAGCUGUUACCACCAUUCAACAAGUUCAAUCUGCCAUGCGCAGUGACCUGGACGGAAAAAUCAGAGUUACUGCUGUAUCAGCUGCCGUGGAAGGCCCUCUCAAGAAGGUUGCAACACAAAAUCACUAUAGGUCCAUCCACAAUAGCUGUACAUCAUUUGGUAGCUACGGUAAUGGCAGGGUGCAGUUCACUAAUCCAUAUGGCAUCACAAUCAGCAACGAUGGAAAGGUCUUUAUUGCUGAUAUGAGCAAUCAUCGGGUGAAGGUCACCACACUGGAUGGUACAUACAUACGUGAUAUAGGCAAACAGGGCAGUGGUAAUGCUGAAUUCAACUUUCCCACUGAUGUAGCUGUGGAUGACGGUGGUGAUCUUGUGGUGAUUGACAACAACAAGAGACUGCAGGUCCUACAUCAGGAUGGGUCUUACGUGAAAACGAUUGGUAACGGUACUAUCGGUACAUCGUAUGGUGUUGCAGCACUGUCUCUGCCCCAGCAUGGUAUUUGCUAUGCUGUAACCGAUGUCAAUGACCAUAGUGUGAAAGUGUUUGAGAAAGGAGGAAGGCAGUUGAACAAGUUUGGUACUAUAGGAAGUGGACCAGGACAGUUCAACAACCCAGUGGGUAUUGUCUCGUCCAACGACAGAUUGCUGCUUGUUGAUCAGUCCAAUCACCGUAUCCAGGUUUUCACUACUGAUGGAAACUUCAUUACCAUGUUCGGAUCAGAGGGAGAGUCAGAUGGUCAGUUCAAGUAUCCUAAGUACAUUGCCGAGGAUAGGCAUGGACACAUCCUGGUCACUGAGAACCACCGUGUUCAAGUGUUCGCUUCUGACACAUUCUCUCACGUUGCUACCUUCGGUGCAAGCAGUUGUCUUUCUCGUCCGUACGGCAUUGCAGUAUCACCCAGUGGUACAGUGUAUGUUAGUAACUCCGGCAAACACUGUAUCACAAAGUUCUAACUUUUGUCCUGGAGCAUCUUGUUUCUUGUUCUACACUAAUGUUUCUCACUGAUGUGAAACAUGAACAGGACCAGUAUUAGCAGUUUUGUUUGCUCAGGCUUUACUAUAGUAUUUCAGUUUUGGUUGUGUGACACACCGAGUAUGCAUAACCAUGCCAGUAGCUAACAUGUAUUGUGCAGUCCAACAGUAGAUCCAGCCAAGUCCUGACCGACUGGAGCAGUUCCAACAUGCCUGAUUAAGAUGAUGAACUGAUGAACAUUGCCAAUUACUGUUUAUCAUACUUGCAUGAUUGAAUGCGUGCUUGCAUAUGUGUGUAUGUGUGUGUGCAUUUGUUUGUGUGUGUGUGUGUGUGUGUGUGUGUGUGUGUGUGUGUGUGUGUGUGUGUGUGUGUGCCAGCUAGUUCGGUUGGUGGGUACACUUAUGUCUGAUUGUGUUGGGUCUGUUGCCAACGGUCUCGGCUACUUGAAGGUGUAAUGUUGUACCUGCCACCUUUGUUGGUUCCAGGGUUCAUAUACUUUCUAUUUGAAGUAUACAUACCUGUUAACCAUGGACUGCUUCUGGCUAGAUUAACUCUUGUGUAAUCAAUGGUGCUAGUGAAGCUAAUAUCAGAUCCACUCUGAUUUAGUCACCCACACUAGUAGCACGUAUUACCUUCACUGGGGGCAGGGGUAACUGCAGUUGGAUCCCAGGACGGCUACCCUGAUGCCGUCAAUCCUUUUUCUGCACCUUGUCCUCACCCACUUACUGAGGUGUGGUGAGCCCAUAAGUGGGAUCAUUUUCAAGUCCACCCAGAGUUUUGGGGAUUUCAGGGGGUGUCGGCCGUUGGGCGGUUCAAUAGCCAAUUGAGUCAUCUUUCCAAGAUUCCUUUUGAGUCACUCUCCCCUCUCCCGGGGAGACCCACGUGACCAGUUUUGGCAGUGUGCAACAAGUACAAGUACAAGUGUGUGUGUGUGUGUGUGUGGGUGGGUGGGUGUGUGUGUAUACGUGUGUGACUCUGUAUGUGUGUAGUGUAUGAGUGUGUGUAUGUGUGUGUAUGCGUGUAUAUGCGUGUGUGUAUGCAUGCAUUUGCUUAUGAACUCCUGCACUGAGUUAUAUAUCUACAUUGUACUUGGAUCACUCUCAUUGUUACAAUCCUAUUCUCGAUGUGCACAGCAUGAUUCUAUUGAUUGUGUUGGCUGGGUGCUCUUUUUCCUUUCUCUGAAAAUCUAUUGUAUUUCCGCAAAAUGUCUCGCUGCAAAGUGCCGCAAUACGCCAUUUUAUGUUUUUUUUGUACAAUGAAGAAUGUGCAGAAUUUCUGAGGUGCUAUUUCCUUUCUAUCACGUGCUAUGGUGUUUUGUGUUAUCAUCUAUAUUAAUUUUUUAGAAAUGUUUCAAAACGUUUUUUGCUGCUGCUCACCCUUGUUUGAUCUGAAGGGAUGGAGAAUUGAUAGUUGUCUGAUGAUUACCUAUGGAGUUUGGACAUGAAACUCUUAGCUACUACGAUGAUGCGUGGUGCUCUGUGUUACAUGAUCAGUCUUAGUUAAUGC